UCAUCACUCAUCAGGCACCACUUUAGGUACCAUAAUAAUUUUACACUACAUAUUCUACCGAUAUUAAUUAAUUGUUUUACCCAUUUAGUUUAUCAUACAGAAUUAAUUAACAAGAACCAUAAUUGCAGUUAUCUACAACAGCUAUUUUUACUAAUAAUAGUAAUAAUAAGCGAAUGGGACUAGAAGAUUUAUUUUAUUGGAUACCUCUUGCGUAUUGUUAGUUGCUGCUUAAAAUUUUCUGUGGUUAAAAUGAUAUUCAAAAUUAUCUCUUCCACUGUUAAAUCCGUGUACAGAGUGGCUUGUAUCAAACUCGUAGAUAAUAAGCUUAAAUUGGUCCCCGGCGCUUUAAUUGGAGCAGGCUUUUCAUAUUAUGGCGUAGCUGCCAAGUCAUUGGAUUUCGAUAAUUUUAUGGCAGAUCCCGUGACGGAUAAACUAGCGCUAGAAAGUUCACCUGAAGAUAUGAGGACUAUAAUGGAACUUAUGAUAAUGAAAAUUCAGGCUGAUUUUUGUCAAGCUCUAGAAGGGGAAGAGCCGUCUCAAAAGUUCAUAGUAGACCGGUGGUUAAGAGCUGAAGGCGGUGGUGGAAUAACGUGUGUAAUGCAGGAUGGAGAAGUUUUUGAAAAAGCUGGAGUCAAUAUAUCUGUAGUUCACGGACAUUUACCUCCUGGCGCUAUUGCCCAGAUGAGAGCUAGAGGUAAAAAUUUCAAAGACGAGCAAAUUCUUCCAUUCUUUGCAGCAGGCAUCAGUGCAGUUAUACAUCCCCGUAAUCCAUAUGUGCCUACAAUACAUUUUAAUUAUAGAUAUUUUGAAGUUGUUCAAUCUGAUAAUACAACACAGUGGUGGUUUGGUGGUGGAACAGACUUAACCCCAUAUUAUCUAAAUGAGAAUGAUGCAGUACAUUUUCACAGUACUUUAAAAAAUGCUUGUGACCAGCACAACAAAGAGUAUUAUCCAAAAUUUAAACGCUGGUGUGAUGAUUAUUUUAAUAUACCCCAUCGAGGUGAGCGCAGAGGAAUCGGUGGUAUUUUUUUUGAUGACUUAGACUCUCCGUCUCAAAAAGAUGUACUCUCUUUUGUAAAAAGUUGUGCUCAAGCUGUUAUACCUUCAUACAUACCGCUAGUGAAAAAUCAUAAAAAUGAUCGUUAUGGAGAACACGAGAGAGAAUGGCAACUCUUAAGAAGAGGACGUUAUGUUGAGUUCAAUUUGAUUUAUGAUAGGGGCACAAAAUUUGGGUUGUACACUCCAGGAGCUCGUUAUGAAAGUAUACUCAUGUCACUCCCUCUGACUGCAAACUGGAAAUAUAUGCACAAACCUAGCCCCCAGAGCAGAGAAGGAAAACUUACAGAAAUCUUAAAAAACCCAAAAGACUGGAUACAAAUUUAAAUAAAUGUGAUUUUGUUUAAAUACUUAUUGUUGUUUACGUAUUUCCAUACAGAGAUUUAUUAUGUUGCCAAAUAAUUUUUAAUAAUAAGUAUUUAAUUUUACUAAAUUGUUAAUAAUAAUUAUUUUUCUAUUAAAGUAUUAUUGCAUAGAUUUUAUUGGUAUUAAUAGUAUAUGAAAAUUGUUAUAUUAUACAGUUUAUUUUUAGUAAUCAUUUGGGAAACAUGCAAAAAAAAAUGUAAUUUAGUCAAUUGGAAUUGUAA